GAGAGAGAAAGCCUUAUCUUUGAGUGGCUGCAAAAGACAUUUAACCCAAAAGGAGAACAAGUACAAAUUCUUCCCGAAAAGAAAAAAAAGGGAAGAAAAUUUUUUUCUCCUUUCUUAACGCUGAGAAGAGAGGUAGUAGUAGAAAAGAGCUUUUGUUCCUUCACAUGGAUUUUGAUUUUCAAUUAUAUUCUCCUUUGUCGUUAGGGGUUUAUGGUAGUCAAUUUCAUCAUCUGCAGCAAAGACAGGUCCCGCUCAAACAUCAACAAAAAUAACACUCCUUUUAUGUAUUUCUUUUGGAUUUUUCAAAGAAGAAGAAGAAACAGUUCCUUGAUCUUAACAGCUUGAAUCAUUCAAUUAGGCGAAAGAUAGUAGAGGAUGAAUCACUGCGUUCCCGAUUUCGAAAUGGAAGACGAUUAUUCAAUCCCUUCAUCUUCUAUAUUAAAUCGCGCUAAAAAACCUUCCAUGCCAGAGGAUGGAAUCAUGGAGCUGUUGUGGCAAAAUGGUCAAGUUGUUAUGCAGAGUCAAAACCAAAGAUCUUUCAAGAAACCAUCGCCGUUCAAAUACCUCGACGCCGGCCAAUCAGCUCUCAGAGAGAUCCGAUCAUCAUCUCACCAUCAGCAGCAGCAACAACAACAGCAACAGCAACAGCAAUCCGUUACCGAUCAUCUGUUCAUGCAAGAAGAUGAAAUGGCUUCGUGGCUUCACAAUCCUCUCAGCGACGCCAACUUCGACCACGAUUUCUGUGCUGAUCUCCUCUAUCCUUCCUCCUCCACUGCUGUUGCCCCUUGCGUUACCUCCACUGCCACAACUUCCGCUCCUCCUCCGCCUCCACUCGGAAGAGUUCCUCAAGUUUCGGCUUCGGCUAUUGUGCCUGCUUCUAGGCCCCCGAUACCGCCGGCGAGGAGGAAUGAGUUGGAGUCUACUAGGAUCCAGAACUUCGGUAGCUUGUCCAAGCAUAAAACGGCAGCGAGGGAGGAGCAACCUGGACCGUCGAAUUCAAAGAGUGUAGCGAGGGAAGUGACGGUCGUUGAUUCCAGCGAUACUCCGGCGGCUGCUCCCGAAUCGGGAGCCUCUCAAGCCAUGCCGUGGAACACCGAGGCAGCAUCUGGCGAGGACAACAACGAUGCCUGCGCCAACAUGAGCUUUGCCGCAGUUGCCUACACGCAAUCAGCUGGUGUCAGCGUGGGUGCCAGCAAAGACAAUAUAGCCACGUGCGAAGCCACGGUUACAUCAUCACCUGGCGGCUCCAGUGCCAGUGCCAGCGCCGAACCGACGGCUCAAAAAACGGGCCCAGCUGAGGACCGGAAGCGUAAAGGAAGAGAACCGGACGACGCCGAGUGUCACAGCGAGGAUGCUGAGUUCGAAUCCCCUGAAACAAAGAAACAAUCUCGUGGAUCCUCAUCUACGAAAAGGUCCCGUGCUGCAGAGGUUCAUAACCUCUCGGAGAGGAGACGCAGAGAUAGGAUAAAUGAAAAGAUGAGGGCUUUGCAAGAACUUAUUCCUCGUUGCAACAAGUCAGACAAAGCUUCAAUGUUGGAUGAAGCAAUCGAGUACCUAAAGUCACUUCAGUUACAGGUUCAGAUGAUGUCCAUGGGUUGUGGCAUGCUCCCAAUGAUGUUUCCUCAGCAUUACAUGCCAACAAUGGGGAUGGGAAUUGGGAUGGGCAUGGUCAUGGAUAUGGGAUUAAGUCGGCCAAUGAUGCCAUUUCACAAUGUUAUGGCUGGAUCAGGUUUACCAACACCAGCUGCUUCAGCUCAUUUGGAUCCAAGGUUUCCCGUGCCAGCAUUUCAUAUGUCACCACAAGUUCCAGUUCCUGAUCCAUCAAGAAUCCAACCGAACAAUCAGUCAGAUGCUAUGUUGAACCCACUUGGCAUGCAAAACCCAAACCAGCCACGGAUCCCAAGUUUUGCUGAUCCUUAUCAGCAGUAUAUGGGUCUUCACCAGAUGCAAUUGCACCCUCCACAGUGUCAAGCAACGGCCCAGCCGAGUUCCAGUAAACCAAGUACCAGUAAGGGAGCUGAGAAUCUUGAAAAUCACCCAUCAGGUGAUAUGGCACGAUAGCAUUAAAAUAUUGGCUGGCUAUCCGAGUUCUGGACGAGUGUUGCUCGUGUAUUCCUUUUAAUCUACAACACACAACAUUAAAGAUCUGUGCAUUGCAGGUUGACAAUUCAAGCGAGGAUCAUUCCCGAAAGGUUCUUACUUAAACCUUUCUACAGUUUUGUAGUGUAAGAGAACAUCCUCUCUCAAGAGAAACUUCUUUUUUCCCUUUCAACUAGCUAAUUUCUUAUAACAUGUAACACAUCUAACAUGUGAUUAUUGCGCCAUCAUAAAAAUAGUUCAAUACGUUCUAGUUUCA